AUGCGUGCCUGGCUGUCCCCUCCCCCUGUGUCUGUGAUGAAGGACCUCGUUUUUCUUUUUGGUAGGUCAGUGAAUAAUUUCCUGAUAACAGGUCCCAAGGCCUAUCUGACCUACACCACCAGUGUGGCCUUGGGCGCUCAGAUUGGCAUCGAAGAGUGUAAGUUCCAGUUUGCUUGGGAGCGAUGGAACUGUCCGGAACAUGCGUUCCAGUUUUCCACCCACAACAGGCUGAGAGGGGCCACGAGAGAGACAUCCUUCAUCCAUGCUAUCCGCUCCGCUGGAGUCGUGUACACCAUCACCAAGAACUGUAGCAUGGGUGACUUUGAAAACUGUGGCUGUGAUGAGUCCAAGAAUGGAAAAACAGGCGGCCAUGGCUGGAUCUGGGGAGGCUGCAGCGACAACGUGGACUUCGGGGAAAAGAUCUCCAAACUCUUUGUGGACAGUUUGGAGAAAGGGAAGGAUGCCAGAGCCCUGGUAAACCUGCACAACAACAGGGCCGGCAGGCUGGCAGUGAGGGCCUCCAUGAAAAGGACCUGCAAGUGUCAUGGCAUCUCAGGAAGCUGCAGCAUCCAGACGUGCUGGCUGCAGCUGGCUGACUUCCGGGAGAUGGGAGACUACCUAAAGGCCAAGUACGACCGCGCGCUGAAAAUUGAGAUGGAUAAGUCCCAGCUAAGGGCUAGCAACAGAGCCGAGGGCCGCUGGGCUCCCACAGAAGCCUUUCUUCCCAGCGCAGAGUCCGAGCUGAUCUUCUUAGAGGGGUCUCCUGACUACUGCACCCGCAAUGCCAGCCUGGGCAUCUACGGCACAGAAGGACGCGAGUGCCUGCAGAACCCCCGCAGUGCUUCCAAGUGGGAGGAGCGCAGCUGCGGGCGCUUGUGCACGGAAUGUGGGCUGCAGGUGGAAGAGAGGAGAACAGAGGCCGUGAGCAGCUGUGACUGCAGCUUUCAGUGGUGCUGCACCGUCAAGUGCAGCCAGUGCCGGCGCAUGGUGAGCAGGUACUACUGCACACGCCGCCCCACGGGCAGUGCCCCGCCCCGGGGUAGAGGCAAGGACAGUGCCUGGUGCUAACACCGUCACAAAUUCAUUUGCUGCUUAAUUGGACGACAGUGGAGGUGAAGAUACAGCUUCUGGCUUAGAGAACACAGACUGGAAAACAUUGGGACAUCACAGGACUGGCCUGUAG